AUGUUAAUCUACUCCAGCCUUGAAGCGGAGCACACGUCAAUUUCUCCGAUCGCCGUCAGCGAUAGUACCAAAGCCACGACACCGGAGAUAUUAACUGUGGACUCGGGAUCCAAUAAUAACAAAAACAAUGCCAAUGAUGAUGACGCUGACAUUGACAUAACCAAGUCCACUAUUUCCAUAUUUUCCGCCAACCCAGCUGUCCUAGCCCUGGCCCGCGAGCAGAUCUUGGCUUUACUAUCAUAUGUCAAGACUCACCUAUUGCCAUCCUACCUGUCACAUUUGGCGAAGUCAGCACAAGCCACAUCUACGGAGGUUGGAACUACUCCUGUGCCGAUACCCUCGGUGGCCCCAAACAGCACCAAUCCCACUGCCAAUAAUAUUGUGCCUUUGAUCCCCGCACCAGAUCCACAGGCCUUCCUCAUCGGCAGCCUUCAUACGGGUCUAUUCUCUCUUCUGCAGCGAUCUGGUUCUUACACGCUAUCUAACCCGAUACCCAAUAUCCGGGUCCAUCGCUUUGAUGAUCCGCCUUAUUACAAGUACUUCUUCCGGAGAUCUGAGUUCAGCCCCGAUGCAGAUUCUGGAAAAUCUGCAAAUCUGCCGUUCGUGGAUCCGCCCCUCCCGUCCGGAUAUAGAUUCCAUGAUCGCGAGGGGAGGGUGGGUGUUCUGAGUAAGCAUCUAGAUCUUGUGCAGAGUCGGACACAUAUUCCCCGGCCAAGAAAACAGCUAUCUAUGAUGCCCGGUAUGGCAAUUUAUUUUGAUUCGGGGUCUAGUGAUGCUGAUGAGAUGCCUAUUGCAUGGGGAUUCUUGGGGGUGGAUGGAGCGCUAGCGACAUUACAUGUUGAGCCGGAGCAUCGGGGUCGCGGGCUUGCGGUUCCAUUGUCCAAGGCUAUCAUGCGUCGUGGCAUGUCAGUAGAUGGUGUUUUUGGGGCUGGCGUCAACUCUGAGGAUAGUCAGACUAGAGAGCGUGUUGGGGCUUGGGCGCAUGCUGAGGUGGCUGGGUAUAAUAAGGCGAGUCGGAGGGUCAUGGAAAAGAUUGGGGGUCAGGUUUUGACGACUGUGACCUGGACUGUCAUUGAGCUGUGUGGCUAA